GUCACUGUUGGUAUUAUCGACUUCUUUUUCCGGUCACGUGACUGUUGUCAACAAGGAAGUGCGCCGUGUCUUUGAAUACAAGGCGCCAGCUGCUGCUGCGCAGCCCUAAAAUAAGAGGUCAUAUUCACAAAUUAAAGGUACAAAGGGAUGCCAACGUCGGAGCCGGUCCGGUUGGGUCGGAAACGCGCCUUACCCUCCUGCCCGAAUCCGCUGUUCCUCCAGUGGCUCACCGAGCUCCGGGACGAGGCGAAGGAGAAGGGACUGAAGAUCCAGUACACGUACCAGAAGGCCAUCAGCUCUUUGAAUAAGUAUCCGUUACCGCUUCAAAACGCCAAAGAGGCAAAGAUUCUCCAGAACUUUGGAGACGGCAUCUGUAAAAUACUGGACGAAAAACUGCAACGGUACUACAGAGAGAACGGUCCAGACGCUCCGAGUCACACGCUCCCCAAAGGAGCGCCCCCUCCUGGCCGACAGGACAACAACAGCCUGGCUCCCUCCAGGAAGAAAAAUGCAGCUGGGGAUCAAAGAAAAGAGGGAGGUGGAGGGAGGAAGAAGAGGGAGUACAUCCCCCAGAAGAGGUCUGGGGGUUAUGCUGUACUGCUCACCCUUUACAGGCAGUCACAGAUCCCAGGCAGUAAAGGUUAUAUGUUCAAGAUGGAGCUACAGAGAGAAGCUCAGCCUCUCUGUGACAAGUCUUUCACUGUCACAGAUGUGGGCAGUAAGUACACUGCCUGGUCUUCAGUAAGCACUCUGAUUCAGAAGAACCUGGUGAUAAAAACCCACAACCCCGCAAGGUAUUCUCUGACAGAAGAGGGUCUGGCUUUGGCAGAACGACUCGAGUCGAUAAAAGACGGGACCGAAGAGGUGGACCGCGGGGAGGUCAGAAGUGAAGGGCAGGAGGAGGAAGAGGAAGACAGUCCUGGGGUUGUGGACCUUACGGGUAGCGAUGAUGACGAAGAAGAGGGAACACACCCUGCAGAGAGCCUGACGUGUGUCGUCCAGCCAAGAGGUGAGACUGAUGGAACAGCCCAGAAUUCACAGGCAACAAGCAGGAAACCGAACUUAGGAAGUCUUCUACCUGGAGCCUAUGAAAUUAUACUCUGUGUCGACUUCAUUGAGACAACAGGCGGCAGCCAACACCGUAAGCAGGAGCUGGUCAAAGAGCUUCAGAGAAAUGGAGUGAACUUCGAUGUCAGGAAGCUGAACGUCGGGGACUUCCUGUGGGUUGCCCGUGAAAAGGUUGAGCCUGUCCCAGGUCAGCUGCGAGCGCCCGCAGGCAGGGAGCUCGUCCUUGAUUACAUCGUUGAGAGGAAGCGGAUGGACGACCUCUGCGGCAGCAUCAUCGAUGGGCGCUUCAGGGAACAGAAGUUUCGACUGAAGAGGUGUGGUCUUCGCCGGCCCAUCUACCUGGUAGAGGAGUGUGGGACGGCGGCCUCCCACCUGAGUUUACCUGAAAGCACGCUGCAGCAGGCCAUAGUCAACACACAGGUGGUUGAUGGCUUCUUUGUGAAGAGAGUGCAGGAUGUGAGGGAGUCAGCGGCCUACCUCACCGUCAUGACGCGACACCUGACCAAACUGUACCAGAACUGUACGCUCAUCUGUCGCUCCAGAGAACUGGAGGGCGAUGGAGGGAGUGAUGACGACGACGGAGGGGGUCCCUCCUGCUCUCUCAUUUCCUUUGCAGAGUUCAACCACGGUGCAGUCAAAAACAAGUGUCAGACGGUGAGGGAAGUGUUUGCCAGACAGUUGAUGCAGAUCAGCGGUUUGUCUGGAGACAAAGCAGCCGCCAUACUGGAGCACUACAACAGUCCACACAGUCUUCUGACAGCCUAUGAACAGUGUGUGAGCGAGGCCGACAAAGAGAAACUCCUCUCCUCCAUCCGAUACGGGAAGCUCAAAAGAAACCUGGGUCCAGCUCUGAGCAGAACAGUGUGUCAGCUGUACUGUACUCAGGGAGCUCUGUCAUAGACGGCCGCAAACUCAAGCUGACUCACCUCGAAAUGUGAAUACGUACAUUUAGUCAUUAACUUUCACUUCCUACUUUCUUCCUUCCUACUACUACUUCCUACUAACAAUUUGACGAUGGAAAAUUACAUGACCAUGACCAUGUAAAAGAUGCUGCUAUAUUUUGAGUACUGUAAAAUAUUUUUACUUGUAUGAAGAAUGUCACUAAUGCACCAAUAAAGUUUAUUAUUUUGGAGAGUA